GAAACGCUCUUGAAUUGGGAGAUUGAAUUGGAUACGAUGGCGAGUAUACAGGCGAUUCGGAAUAAUUGCAGGAAGGUUAUGUGCAUCGGCCGUAACUAUGCCGACCACAUUAAAGAGCUCUCAAGCGCCACACCCCGCCAACCCUUCUUCUUCCUCAAGCCCCCGUCUUCCAUCCUUCUUCCCGGCGCUGGCCCCGUCCUUCGUCCUCGCGGUGUAACGAUGCACUACGAAGUCGAGCUUGGCCUGAUCAUGGGCAAGACAGUACGUGAUUUACAUCCUGAAGACACGAAAGGAGCCAUGGACGCUAUUGAAGGCUACCUCCUCGCCAUCGACAUGACCGCCCGAAACGUGCAAGACGAAGCGAAGAAAAAAGGUCUUCCCUGGUCCAUCGCCAAGGGCUUCGACACAUUCAUGCCCAUCAGUAACCUCAUUGCCAAGUCUCGCAUUCCGGACCCUCAGAACGCUCACAUCUGGCUGUCGGUAAACGGCGAGAUGAAGCAGUCUGACAACACAGAGCUCAUGCUAUUCCGGAUUCCUCGGCAGCUGAGCGACAUCAGCAGGGUGAUGACGCUGGAGAAGGGUGAUAUUAUUUUGACGGGUACGCCAAAGGGUGUUGGGCCAGUCAAGACGGGGGAUAUCAUGCGUGCAGGCAUGAAGGUGAAUGGAAAGGAUAUUGAAGAAGCGAAUAUGGAGGUCCCAGUUGAGGAUCGUGAUGGGUUGUAUGAGUUCAAAGAGACAUGAAGUAGCGACAAGAAAGGCGUAUAUCAACCCUCGUACAUAA